UAUUUCACAGGUAUUUGUUUACUACAGUAAUGCGCUGGGAAUUGUUGAACCACCAAUGCUACUUACCGAGAAAUGCUGUGUCAUUGAAGUUUACUUAUAGAAGGAAAUACGACAAUUCUUCUUUAAUUUAUAGACUAUUUUUGAGCUUUUUUAUUCAUGUGACUAAAGACUAAUGUCGGAUAUAUAUCUUAACAGUUAUGAUCUCGAUAGUGAGUUGAAGAACCAAAUAUCUACUGUAGCUCUAUAUGAUGAUCACGCUUAUUUUGGUACAAAGCAAGGAUCGAUAUUUGUUUACGAGUACUCUGAGCUCAAGGUUAAGAACCCUUGCGUGUUUAUAAAGUCUAUUGCUUUAUCUUCCAAAUCGGCUGUCAAACGAAUAUUUUGUAUUCCCUUUCUUGAUGCUAUCCUUGUUCAUCAAGAUGAUCGAGCAUUUUUUUGUCAUGCUACAACUCUUGAAUUGGUCUAUCCAUCCUCUUCUCUCGAUCGUGUCGUUGAGAUUUGUCACGGUGGACACUCAAUUGAAGAAAAGUCUAGCUACCUUGUGGUUACAAAUUCUCACCUUCGACUUUUGUCACUACAAAAAGAUGGCACAAUAUUUCUUCGUAACGAAUUGAAAUAUCCUAAUGUACAAACAGCAGCGGUCCUUGGGAACAUAGUUUGUCUGGUGACUGAUCAAUCCUUCGAGCUUGUAGACAUCCUUACAAGCGAAAGUAUUCCUCUUUUUCCUAUAAUAAAAUGUGAUUCAGAAAAGAACGAACUCUCAUACAAGCCAAUAAUUGUUAGUCAAAAUAAUGAAUUUCUCUUGAUCACCGGAAGUCCAAAAGAUGCCAUUGGACUGUUUGUUGACAUCAAUGGGAACGUUACGAAAAGCACUUUGACAUUCUCAUUCUAUCCUAAAGACGUAGUUGCUACUCCUCAUUAUGUCUUUGCUCUAGGCCCUAGCAUGUUACAAAUCAUUGAUGCCAAGAGUUUGCAACCUGUUAAAAAUCUCACUUUCGAUGGCGAAGAGCAAAGUUUGUCACUAAUUUCCUUUACGUCCGAUAUUUACUUCUGUGACGAAAAAAUAGUAAAGAAAUUCCUCAUUACUUCUAGACGCGGAAACCCAUUGGAAGAAUCCUCCUCGGCAAGGAUUGAGAAAUGCUGUUUAUUAAAGCCCAUUAUUCUGUUUGCAUCAAAAGAAACUUGGGGUUUCGGUACCGAGUCAUCCUAUGUCGAGCGAUUAGAAAUGAGCAUAACUUCCGGCGAAAUUGAAGCUCCUCUCCGUCGAAUGAGCAAACGGCUCAAAAGUCCUGAAAAGUAUCAUAUAGACCAUGAGGCUGCUACUUUACAGUACACAUAUUUAGAGCAAGUGGCAGCUCUACAAUAUUGGAAACAAGGACAGUACGAAAACUCUUUGUCUUUACUUGAAACCUCAAAAGUCGAUCCAAGGGUAAUAAUAUCUUUAUAUCCCGAUGUAUAUAAUGGUCGCAUUAAUUAUAGUACUUUCCAAGGAAUACAAGAGUUUCUUGAGAGUUUCUCUCCAGUAAAUGAAGCUAUCGUUUCAAUGCUAUCUUUAAAUGAUCUCUUCCGAGAGACUGAUGACUAUACCCAAAAACAAAUGAUUGAGAUCACAAAGGAAAAUGCAUACAUUAUGUUGAUGCGCUACUUAAAAAACUAUAAACGAAAUGUCAAUUUACCCGAGUAUUUUAUAUCGUCAAAAAGCGAGAUUGCUUUUGUUGUGGACCAUGUAUUACUGAAUUUAUAUUUGAAUAUGGAAGAUACGACAGAAGGAACUAAAGGUGCUGAAGAACUCAUUGAGGCUGGCCUGACAGACCCGGAUGACAUACAACGUUUACUUUCUGAAAAGAAUGAGAAUUAUUUGCUGGCAAUACUUCUGACGGGAAUCCAUAAAGACUCUGAAGCGUUACAGUUAUGGAAAAACCUGGUUCUAGGGGAAAUACACGACAAACGAUCUCAAAAUGAAUUAAGCAAAAUGAGAAUAUGUCUAAUGAAAGCUAUCGAUAUUUCUCUUUUUUGGAAAUAUGCCACAUGGUUAUGUGCUCAAGACACCGGUGAAGGAACCAAACUUUUACUAGACAAAACGCAUGAUGGUUCAAUAUCCGGUGACGACGUCUUAAGUAACUUGAGUACAUCCAACGACAAUGUCCUAAUAGAAUAUUUGAUCAAGUCAAAUUCUGUAACACAUCACGAGUUGUUAUUAGAGCUUUGCGUGAACAAAUUACUAAAUGGCUUUGUGAAACAUGAAGAAUUUCGGAUUCGUUUGGAAGCUUUCAUCGAUAAUUAUCGAAGACUUCCUUGUUUGGAAAAACCAAUAUUUUCGCAAUAUGUCGAUAGUCAUUUUGGUGAUAUGACUGACUGUGAUAAUCAUCUCUCAUUUUAUUAUUUGUAUUCUAUAGGCUUAAUGGAAAAGUUAGAUGAUGAAGAACUUUCAAAGUUUGAGCUAUACUUACAAAAUGAUUCGUCAAAACGGUUGAGUUUAUUUCCUCAGGUACAGCAUACGCUUUGCCAUAAAAAGGGUAAAUAUGAGGAGGCGUUGUCCGUCCUGAUAAAUAAUGUGAAUGAUUAUAAAGGUGCAGAACUAUAUUGCCAGAAAAUUGAAAGUGUAUGCUCUGCUUGUUGGCACACCCUUUUAGAAAAAAGCGUUUUAACUGGACCGGCAUGCAGUGUCUAUAUUCAAGAUUUGUUACAUCGAAGAGCAUCAUAUUAUUCAAUUCUUUUUGUGACAAAUACAAUCCCGAACGAUUGGAACCUCGAUUCCGUCGCAGAUUAUUUGCGUGUCCUUCAAAGAAAGAAUGCACAACAUUUGCAUGAAUCUCACGUAAAGGCCUCUUUGAUAAAAACUGUAUCAAGACAAACAGAAUCUUUAUUUUUGGCCGUAAAUCGAAGAAAUGUAACGUUAAAGAAGCCGCCAAAUCACAACAAUGUCUAAUGAAUCAUCAUCACAUUGUUGUACCAAAUUAUUUAGCUAAUUCAUUAAUGAUUAUGACCAAAAAGAAAUAAUGUGCAGAUACAGUAUCUACCAAGGUCAAGCGAUUUAUUAACAGUUAUUUAUGUUUCCUCUAUUUUUAUUUAGUCUACCAAAUACUACCUGAUGAGAUGUACCAUAGCAAUCACUUUAGGUGGGAUAUAUGUAUAGAACUAUUUCUGUUAAAUUUACAAAUUCAAAUUAUAAAAAAUACUGCGAAUAUACAUUAUUGAAGAAUGAAAGUGGAUAACAUCAUGCUUAAAAGAUACGUUAAGUCCCUGUGAAAGGCUGCAUAGACACUUUCCAUUACCCAACAACGAAC